AUGCGUGAAAUUACAUUUAUCAAAAUAAAUAUUGAUGAAAUAACAAUUUUAUCGAGAUUACCGAUUCAUAAUGUUAAUCAUUCGAAUCAAUUAUUAAUUAAUUUAUUAAGAACAUAUGAUGAUCCUAAGAUGACUUUAAUUGAAACGAGAAUAAUUUUUGAUGCCGUUUUGAAACUUUUACAACCACUUAAAGAUCUUCGAUGUCUUCCUCACCGAUUCAAUUGUUUAAUUCCAUUUCAAAUUCUUAAUCCAGGAACGUUAGAUGCUCAAGAAAAUGAUGAUGACGAUGAAGCUGAACUUCUUAAUCAACGAUCAAUCCAAGUAUCAGCUCUAGCUGCUUCAGCACAACAACAACAAAAUAAUGAACCGAUAGAUGAUGUUCCAUUAAAAGAAAUCAAACAGUUUUAUAUCAGAUUGGGAAAACAAUUCUAA